UUUUCGUAUCGACGUUUUAUGCAUCGGGUGUGCAUCCGUUUACGUUUAAAGACCUGAUUGCACUUCGAUCGGCGUCGACGCAAGCCGACACGGUUUGUUACACGAUGAAUCGUUUAAGUUUAAUGUUAACGACUUUUGUAUUUAUCUUAUGUGGAAAAAACCGGCGCGAUCUAUCUUCGGUUUAAAUGCUUGACAUUCUAAGAUGACUAACAUACGCGGACUUCGUCUCUCGUUGGGGUUCUGGUUUGACGUUUUGCUACGUGUCUUUCUGGCAGUGCUAUUCGUGGAGCUGGAAAAAGCAGAACCAUUCACGAGAAAAAUUCACGAAGAUGAGCUGUGGUUAUAUAGAAAUCCAAGAACAGAAUCUUUUGUUCCAACUACAGUAUUAUGGCCUCUUGUGUUUAUGAUGCCAGUUGCUGUUAUUUGCUUUUUUUUCAUGAUGCACAAAGAUAAAGUCGAUCUUCAGCAGUCAGUAUUGUCUGUAACAUUAGCCUUAGGAUUUAAUGGUAUUAUUACAGAUAUUUUAAAACUUAUAGUAGGUCGUCCGAGGCCAGAUUUUUUCUGGCGAUGUUUUCCAAAUGGGCAAAUGAAUCCAGGGUUCAAGUGCACUGGAGAUCCAAUCGUUGUUAGAGACGGAAAGAAGUCAUUCCCAAGCGGACAUUCCUCAUUUGCGUUCGCCAGUUUCGGUUUCAUCGCCUUGUACUUGGCCGGAAAGCUGCAUACAUUCAGUUUGGCAGGAAAAAGCCAAUCGUGGAGAUUGUGCACAUUCCUUUUGCCACUUUGUGUCGCUCUUACUAUCGCGUUAAGCAGAACAUGCGAUUAUCACCAUCACUGGCAAGACGUGGUGAUAGGAUCGAUAAUAGGCUACUGUUUAACGUAUGUCUGCUACAGACAUUAUUACCCUCCGUUAGAUUCGCCGUAUUGUGACAAGCCGUACGUUGCGCUUACAUUACAAAUUCAAUCGGACAAUGUCCGAUCUAAUAAGGACGAACAGAUUAAAUGGAUAUAAAUAAAAUCGAUUAUUACUCGCAUACGUGUCGCGUAUAAUAUCUUAAACCAUAUUUAACAUUUUUGUUAAAAUCUUUGAGAUCUGUAUAUUUUGUGUAAUAUAUACAUCUGAAUAAAUAUAUGUCUAUACACGA